GUGUAAUUACGUAUGAAAGUGAAUAAUGAAGCCAUAUGUAAUUAUAAUUCACGUAUUUCUUAUUGCGACUCACAUGUGGGUAGCUGCACAUCUCAGAGAUGAAGUUGAAGAUAAUGAGUUUGCAGAAUUUGAAGAUUUUGAAGAAGAUGAGGAAGAAAUUCCACUGAAGGACUCACAAGAAACCAAUCAGGUGCCCAAAUCCAAAGUACCUCCAGAUCAUCCAGAAAUUGAAGAAGAGGAGGAGGAGGAAGAAGAAGAAGAUGAAGCAGUAGUGGAAGAUGAUGAUGGUGAAUUUGAUCAUUUCCAAGAUGAAGAAGAGUUUGAAGGUUUUGAUACUGUUGGCCAGGGAGGCAAGCCAGAUGACAAAGAAGCACCAAAAAUUACAAUAACAAAGGUUCCACUGCACUUCAGAACUAACUGGGACAGUUUCUACCUGGAAAUGCUGAUGAUUGCUGGUUUAGUAGUUUAUGCCAUAAAUUUUUUCAGUGGAAAAAGCAAGAAUAGCAAACUAGCAAAUGCAUGGUUUAAUGCACACCGUGGCAUUCUAGAAGAGAAUUUCAGUCUUGUUGGUGAUGAUGGGAAAAUUGAAAAUGAAAAUCCUGGGCUAAUGAAAGACUCCGAGAGCAUGUAUCUAUUAUGGUGCAGUGGCCGAACAUGUUGUGAAGGAAUGCUUGUGGAACUGAAGUUACUGAAGCGCCAAGAUCUUGUUGCUGUCAUAGGACAACUGAUGCGGCCUUCCAGUGAUCAGGUACACAUCAGGGUUGAUAUGAACAAGGAAGAUAUGGACAGUUUUGUCUUCUGUAUUGCUGCUAAGAAAACUGCUUUAAGACUUUCAAAGGAAAUGGCAGAUCUGAGUGUAUACUGUCCAGAGAGGCGUUCAGUGGAGAAAUACGGCUUGCCAGCCAGUUUUAAUUUGCUAUCUGAAAUAGCUGAAGCAUCUUCUGCUCUUUUGGAUUCAAAAGUUGUAAACGUCAUUAAAACUCACGCAGAUAUGAUUGAUUACAUUCAUUUUUCUGAUCAAUAUUCGGGCCCAAAGCAGCCAGACGAUGCAAAUCUUACAAAAUUGCCUGAAACAAAGAAGGUAUUGUUGUUCAAUUUCAACAUGAUUGUUAAGGGAAGACAAAUAGAUGAAGCCAUGGAACAGAUGAAACCUCUUAUGAUGCUUGUUAUCUACUGCAUGGAGAAAGUUAAGAGAUUCCGUCUCAGCAGAGAGGCAAAGAAUAAAGCACAGAAAAAUAGGAACCGUGUGGAUGAGGCUUUCCUCAAGACGACACAUGCUGCAAGGGCAGAAGCAGCUGCAGCCCGCCGUGAGGAAAAGAAGAGGCAGGAGAAGGAACGUAUUUUGCAAGAAGAUGACCCGGAUAAGCAGCGCAAAUGGGAAGACCGUGAAAUGAAACGCCAAAUGAAGAAAAAGGCGCCAAAAAUGAAGCAGUUGAAGGUAAAAGCAUUGUAAUCUUUCUCAUUGUGCCCAUGUCCCUGAUCAGUUCAUUUUUUUAUGUCACAGUAAUAAUUUAUUUUCAAAGAAUAUGAUCACCAUUU